GCAGGCUUCUGGUGGUAACGUAUCUCUGCAGAAAUUAUUUUAGAUUUUUGAGAGACAGUUUGCGGGAGCGCUCUUCUGAAGGAUACACCCGAGUGGGACAAAAUGGGAGUGGAGAUAGAGACCACAACCCCCGGCGAUGGAAGGACUUUUCCAAAAAAAGGACAGACAUGUGUGGUGCAUUAUGUUGGCUCUCUGACAGAUGGACGGAAGUUUGACUCUUCCCGUGACCGUGACAAGCCAUUUAAGUUCAAGAUUGGUAAACAGGAAGUGAUUCGUGGCUGGGAGGAAGGUAUUGUGCAGAUGAGUGUGGGCCAACGGGCAAAGCUGACCUGUUCACCUGACUAUGCAUAUGGUAAUAAAGGCCAUCCUGGGAUUAUUCCUCCAAAUGCCACUCUUAUCUUUGAUGUGGAGCUUCUCAGUUUGGAGUAAUUUAAUGUUCUUCACUGUCUUUUGUUCAUUUUUCAUUAUUUUGCAACGUUUGAACUUGGUAUGAACACUUGAACUAAAUCAGUUUUCUCUUUCUGUCAGGCCAUAUUUUCAGUCAUUCUUUUCACAACCUGCCUUAUUCAGCAUCAGCAUCCUUACAGUUUUCCUCUUUUAGACAUUCAAAGAGAAGCUAGAAAGAUCUGUACUUGAUUUUUAUAGUAGUACUCAUAUAUCAAAUUUUUUCGAUAAGCUAGUUAAUUCAAAAAUGAUAAUUCUCUUAUCAUUUACUCUCAAGCUGUCUCAAACCCCUAUGACUUUUUUCUGCAGAAAACAAAUAUAUUUUAAAUAAUGUGUGUUUAAGUAUACAAUGCCAAUGGGGUCCAAAACUUUCAAGGAUAAAAGUAAUCUAUACUCAAGUGGUUUAAUUUAUGUCUUCUGAAGUAAUAUGAUAGCUUUGGGUGAGAAACAAAGCAAAAAUGUAGUCUUUAUUCAGCCAAAAUUUUCACUACCACCCAGCUCUCCUAUGCACAUUAGACAAAAAGUAAUAUGAGCUUGAAAUUGCAUGAGCGUGAGUAAAUGAUGAGAGAAUUUUCAUUUUUGGGUGAACUAUUCCUUUAAACUUGAUCUACUGAAUGAACCCUUUAUGUGUCUAUUCUUUUGGGAUUAGUUAUUAUAGUUAUAAGUUACAACAUUUGUUACAUACUAUAAAGUUAUAGUAUUUUACAAAUUUGUCAAAAAUAAACAUUAAAGGUGCACUCAGCGAUUCCUGAGAAACACUGUUGACUUUCGAACUCAACUGCCAAAACAAACACACCCCUCCCUUCAGUGCUCCUUUGGAAGCACCGCCCCCCAAAUUCAGUAAGUUGCUGCUGCUAAGAUAACUUGUCUUGCAGAGAAGACGAGACGGUUCUACGCACACCAGCUCCAGACACUCACAACUCUCCUGCUACUAAAUCUAACAUCACAACAACAGCAUCUAUGGGUUCUGUGAAACAUAGCAAAAUUUAUAUUACCACCUAUCGAGAAGAAAAAGUGCAACUUCUGGACCCGUCUUCAAGCCUUUUGCCUCUCGGAGGUCUCUCCACCGCUGAAAAGCCUUGCCGAUGUUGACACGGCUCCUUGACCUCGACUUAUCAUAAUCCUUCUUUUUUAGUUUAUAUUCAUUUUUCUCCUUUUUCCAUUUGUCCUCCUUGUAGUUUAGAAAGUUCGCAUCAGCCAGAUUUGCCGUCGCUCUUCUAAUGAAUGUCCCUCUCACUCUGCCCCCACCCUCCAUCCUGUGCACGCACAAGAACCACCCCCUGUUGCUGAUUGGCUGGAGUAGUGUUGUGUGGAUCGGUCCCAAAAACAAAGGCUGUGUGCAAAUAAUAGAUUUUUUUUUACAGCCCACCCACCGAACGGACAGCUAGCAGACUGUGAGGAGAUCUUUUUUUUGCUUAUUAACAAGCAGCUAUUUGGAAAUGUUUUUACUGUGUUUGCUUUGCUGUGUGUAUGAUUUAAACUUUUUUGUAGUUGACACAUUUGACACUGCAGCAGUGCAUGCCAUUUUUAGUGCUUGUAAGGAUUUUGUGAUCAUGUUUUCUCUGACAGACUGAAAAACAAAAAGUGGUUGUGGUAAGAUUUAAAGUGCAUUGUGACACUAAUUGCCAUUGUAGACCGUGCUGCCUAGACAAUUGAUGUGAUUAAAUUAGAUGCAGAGAAAGUGGCAGUACUAUUUUUAUGGACAUGAAAAUUAAGUUUUAAUUCAAAGGAAAUCUGCAGACUUAAAUACCUGAGUUGAUGCUGUCAAUUUCUGUGAUUACAGGUCAAGCAUGAAAUCUAUGGCUUUAAUAUUUAUUCACUGUAUAUGUAUGUAUUGACAUACAGAGGCAAAAUCCAUUAAGAAUAUAAAUUUGUUUUUGCAAUAAAGUGCUUUUACCUGC